AUGUUUCAUUUUCAAUAUCAAUCAUCAACGAAUUUUCAAAAAGAUAUUGCUCAACAAAUUUCAUCAUUUGAUUCUAUUGAUUCAAUAAACCAUCAAAUUUUACAAACUGAAAUUAAUUAUUUACAAAAACAAUAUGAUGAAGCGAGUGUUAUUGGUGAUUUUACUCAACAAUUAGCUGCUGAGUACAUUAUUUCAAAUAAACUUCAAAUGAUUGAAUCUUUUCAAGAACAAGACAAAUCACAAAAAGAUAGUCAAAUAGAAAUUCAAAUUUCUUCCACAAUCGAUAAUCAACAAUCAGUUGAAUAUAAAAAAUCUAAAACUUCAAUAAAAUCAUCAACUAUCAAUGAAAAAUCUCUUGAUACAAAUCAAAUUAAUGAACAAAUACAUGAACUUUUGAACAAUUAUGAUACAAUUUUACAAAAACAUAUAAAAAAUGAUCAAGCAGAACUUUCUAAAAUACAAACUGAUAUUGAUCAAAUAGAAAUUCAAACAGAUAAAUUAUCGUCUGCUCAUAUAGAACAAGAAUCAAAUAAAAUAAUGCAUCAACAAACGAUUGAUACUAUUGAAGAUCUUCAACAAUUAAGUAUACUUGUAAAACAAAAAGAUAAAAUUCCUCUCCUAAUUCAUAAUAAUUUAGAAACAUCUCUUGAAAAAUUUCAACAAGAAAAUAAUCGUGAAAAACAAAUUGAUGUACAACUUCAAAUCUUAGAUAAAAUCGAUCAAUUAGAUAAUCAAUUCAUUAAUCAUAAAACAUUAGAAAAUCUUCGUAAACAUCUUCAUGAAGAACAAAAACAACAACAAGGUUCAAUAAUUCUUUCAUCAAAUACACAAAUACAUAGUGAUACUCAUAUUCAAAUUAUACCUGUUCCAACUCAUCUAUCAAAAUCACCAACAAUGACGAUUGUCGAAGAAAAACAAAUUAAAAAUAUUUCACAUCAAACAACAAUCAAACCUACUAUUAGUGAAUUAAUACCAAAGAUUGAUUCAGUCGAACAAACUAAUCUUUCAUUAGUCACAACUAAUGCAAAAGAAUUAUAUCAAGAAUUACAAAAAAUGAAAUAUUCAAUUGAAAUGGUUUUUGAAAAUACUCAACAAGUAUCAGAUAUUGUAGAUGUUAAAGUUCCAUCAAGAAUUUCAUUGCCAAUGAAAAUAGGUGUAGCAAUCGAACAUGAUGAAGAAUAUCACACAACUGAUACUAUUCAUAAAAUUCGUGUACCUAGUCAAAGUCGUUUGCAAUCAAAUUCUAUUAUAGCCAUGAAUAGUUCUUUAUUUCCUAGAAAUAAUAUCGUUGAUACAAAUAAUAUAUCUUCAUCUAAAAUAGUUGAUAUGCCAAAUAAUUCUGAACAUCAAUCAUCACCAUUAACAAUAGUCGGAAAUGUUGAGAAAUAUUCAAUUAUUCAAAGAAAAUCUAAAGAUCGAAAAAUUGCUACCUCAACACAACGAUCUAUUCCUCAAUCGAAACGAGAAUAUGGAGAAGUUUAUAUUCGACAUCGAUUUGUUGAUGUUAACUCACCAAAAUCAAACACUGAUGAACAACGAGCAAAAGAUGAAGAAAAAUUUCGUGAAAAAAUCAAACGAAAAACACGUUUAGUUCAACUUGAAAAAAUAAAACAAGGUAAUACUGUUAUUCAUCACCGAGUAGAUUUAUCAAAACAUGUUUUACUUGUUCCACAACGAGCAACUUAUGAAGAAAAUCUCGAACCAAUACCACCAUUAAUUCAUGUAAAAGAUACAACUAAUUUUUCAUUCAAUGAAAUGAACAUUGCUCCAUUAAAAUCUAAAAGAUCAUUACCACUAGUAUCAGCAUCUGAUACAAAUAAUAAAUCUUUCGAUGUCAAUACAAUUGAUCAUCAGAGACAAAAAUCUGAAAUGAAAUUAUCAUCUUAUUCUACAACUAUUCUUUCUCCUGUUCAAGAAGAAUCAGAAGAAAUUCAGACAUCCGAAGAUAUACCAUUUACUAAUAUAACAAAUAAAAUUAAUGAAUUAAUAACUUUUGAUAAUAAUGAAAAAUUAAAAUCUCUUCAUGAAAUACCUUUAAAUUUGUCGAUUACUGUUCCAUCAGAUAUUAUUCCAUCUAUAGAAGAAACAUUACAACAACAAAUUGAUGAAAAUAAACAAGUUACAGUAUCUUAUUCUUCUUUACUCAAUGAUCUUUCAUCAAGAAUGAGUAUUUCUCAAAGAAAAGAUUCAAUUAUAUCUCAAUCAUCAAAAGGACAAAAAAUUCAUAAACAGAAAUCUUUGAAAAAAAAACGUCAAUCAGUUAUUAUCAAACAAAUUGAAGCUAUUGAACUUGUUCCAACAAUCAACGAUGAAUCUCUUUCUACUCAAGUUUUUAAUAUUGAACAAGAAAAUCAAGAAAUUCAAUCUCCUAUUUCAAUUACAUCCGAAAGUAAAGUUAUCUAUCAUAAAGUUGGGGGUAAAAUGAAGAAGAAAAAGAAAAAGAAAAAGAAAAAAGGUAAAAAAAUCAAACAAACAAAUAUUAAUGAUACAAGAAUAAAAAAGAAAGAGAAAAAGAUUGAAACAAAAUUUCAAGAAGAACCACUAAUAGUAAUUCCACGUAAAGCCGUUCCAUUUAUUUCUGCUACUCAAGACAAACAAAUUGAUGUUGAAGAUGAUCCUGUCAUUAAAUAUAAAAAGAAGAAACGAAAACGUUCAUCGAAAUCUACUCAUAAAUAUUCUCGAUCUCGAUCAUCAAGCAAAAAAGAAAAUAUUCAAAUUGAAUCAAAAUCAAUUAACAAUCAAGAUGCUAUUGCAAUGCAUUUACUUAAUGUAAAACGUUUUACAAUUCCACCUAUAUCUGCUAUUAAUUUUGAUCAAACACGUCAUAAGUAUAAUGAUAAUAUUGAAAUAAAAAAUGAAAAAUUUGAACAAUCACGUUUACAUUUACUUAAACCAAUGAUAAAAAAUUUUGAACUUGAUAAUAAUUUUCAAAAACACAAUAAAGAAAUUCAAAAUAUUGAUGCAUAUGAUCUUGAUAAAGAAUUAUUUGAUUUUAAUAAUGAUACAAAAGAAAUUGAUCAACCAGCUAUGUUUUCAGAAUAUAUUCCUGAAUUUUUUCAAAAACAAGCAGAAGAAAAACAAAUUCGUCGUAUUUCAUUAACAGCAAUAAAAACAGAUGAAGAUUUUAUUAAACGUCUUGCUCCAAGAGUAUCACAUUUAUACAAUGGAUGGCAACCAAGUGAUACAAUAUUUAAAUAUAUUGAUAAAUUAAUUUUAGUUUGUGCACAUACAGAUGAAUUUCAUCCAUUAAAUAAAUAUCUUAUGUCAGAUAUAUCAUAUUAUUUUGAUGAUGACUUCAUUGAUGAAUCAGGUUUAUUUCAAAAUCAAAGAAAUUUAGAUAAAAUGGAAUCUCGAAUUAAACAACCUACUCAACGUUUUCGUGAUGAUUAUAUUGUUAAAGAAUUUUUUCAUUGUUGGAAAGAUUAUACUGUUGAACAAGCUCGUAUAGCUGAAUUAAGACGAAGACGUAUUACAAUUGAUUUUCGUGAAUUUUGGUUUCAAGAUGCUAUUUCUGAUUCAUUCUAUUCUUAUUUUGAACAACCAUUAGAUUAUAUUAAAAAACAAGAUAAUCAUCAUCAAAUGGCAUAUCGUUUACAUAAACGUCUUGUACGUACAGGUCGUGAACAACCAAAAGAAACAAUGAAUAAUAUAAAUCGUUCAUCAUUUUUACCUAUGCUAUUUAAUUUACCAAAAAAUAAUCUUGAUCGACAAAUAUCUCUUAGUCGACGUCGUCAAUUAAUUAAUUAUGAUAAUAAUGAUAAUAAAAAUUAUUUUAUAUCCUUAUCAAAUUUAAUAACACAUAAUGAUGAAAUUUUAUCAUUAAUACGUGAACGUAUUCAUUUUUUAAAUCGUACUAAAACUUAUAUUAAUAUACAUCGUGAUGAAUUAGCUAUUAAAGAGCUUUUAUUAAAUAGUUCAUUAUUACAACGAGGUACAAUUAAAGAUUUAGAUAAAUUAAUUAUUGAUUAUUAUGCAUCUAUUGAACAACAAAAUAUAAAAACUUUAUCAAAAUCUUCAAGUAGUAUUGUUAAAUUACCUAUGUUGAGACCAUCACCACUCAUCUAUAAAUCAAAUUCAAAAUUAUCUCGACAAUCAAUGACUAUUUCACAAUAA